GGAGAUAUGUCCUGUGUUUCUGUAGUAGCCUAGGCUAGUCUACCACCCGCUACCGGGUGGAGGCGACACAGCGCUCUUCUCCUCUAUCAGAGCGCGAGCUGCAUCUAUAGUCCUGUCUCUCUGAGAUCAUUAUCAGUCACGGCAACCGGUCGCAACACACACCGAUCUAGAGCGAGCGAAUAGAACACCCCCUAAUUUCGACCCACCGCCAACCGGGGAGGGGAAACGAUCGAAAACACCAGUCUUCCGCUCAACAACACGUCUACCAUUUUUACGCAUGUAACCACGAUCUCUCCAGUGACGUUACCGUUGGAUGUGGGUUUGGAGGCUACUCGGAUACAAUCUGCUAGUUUAUUUUCACUGCAGUAAAACGGUUUGUUCCGAUCCUCCCCCCCGAGUCACGGAUUUGAGAGGGAAGCAGCACUAUGCUGCUGGCCGACUGACCAGCCACUGAUACGGCGAGGGGAUCUCUGCAGUGGACCUGUGCAUGUGCGUAGUUUACCCGCAUGCAAUGUUUAGCCUAUUAGCAUCACGCGCUAUAUUUCACAGAAAACGGAAAUCUUCUAUUUUUGUGAACAUGUUCAUUUGAUUAUUAGAUCGGCUAUAAUUAUUUUUUUGGGGGGGAGGGGGGGCUGUUUUCAGCGCACUGUUGUGUUGACGCCAUUUUCCUCGGGUUUUUCUAUAAAAAUAUUAUUGCACCAUUUGACAGCUAUCCAGGACGCUGUCAGUGCAUACGGCAGGUUCUGUACAUGUGACUACAUGGAUUUUAAAUGAUCUUGAUAACAUAUUUACACGACAGACUCGUGUGUUCGAAAACAUUGGACAUGGUUUGGCCUUGUUGGAUUACAUGUGUUCCUGUGGGAGAACCAAUCCAGAAGCAGUAGCUAACGUUCCUAAAGCAACCCACUCUGACGGACAGCCACUCUCUGCAAACCUAUUGGCUAGCUGCCGCCGCUCUUUGGAUCUUGACUGGUUCUGGCGGGAGUGUGGAUGGAGUCGAGGGAUCUGGUUAGCUCAGCCCGACCUAAGGAGGCGGAAUUAGGAGGUGGAAGGGCUGAGCCUGAAGAGCAAGAACCGGAAAGGGCGGGUCUGGGGCCUGCGUCGCGGUGUGAUGAGGUCAUUGGUGAUGUGACGGGUGAGCGCUGGGGGUCCCAUGGAGAAGGGGAGGGGCUAGAGGAGCAGGAGUUCUCCAUUAAAGAAGCCAGUUUCCAGGAGGGGAGUCUGAAGCUGAAGAUCCAAACCACCAAACGCACCAAGAAGCCCCCCAAGAGUCUGGAGAACUACAUCUGUCCCCCGGAGAUCCGGAUGACCAUCAGGCCCCCCUCAGGGGAGGGCCGAGGGGGCCGGCUAGGGGGCCGUGCAGUGCAGGACAAGGGACCCCCUAGGAAGAGGGUAAGGAUGCCUUUUAGAUACGUUACUGGUAUGAAUACACUGUUGCUAAUGUAGCUUUAAAUGAUGCUG